GUCUAGUAAGUGAACAGUCUGUGGAAACAGACAACCUCACGGAGGUUGGCUGAAUUUUCGCAAAGUGAAUUUCACUUGAACAUUAGAUAUUAUUUGCCUUGUCUUACCUUUGGGUGAUGAAAGAUUCGCGUUAUAGAUAAUUCGCGCAUCCUAACGUGGACUAUUUCAGAGUACAUUAUUUCGUGUUAUUUGCUAUUCCUUAGAAAAAUAUACAGCGCUUCACAAAAAUAAGAUAUCAUGGCGGUACCUACUACCGGUGUGGUUGUGCCUCGAAACUUUCGUUUACUAGAGGAAUUAGAACAAGGACAAAAAGGUGUAGGUGAUGGUACAAUCAGUUGGGGUUUGGAAAACGAUGAUGACAUGACUCUUACACAUUGGACUGGAAUGAUAAUUGGACCACCUAGAACACCAUAUGAAAAUAGGAUGUAUAGUUUGAAAAUUGACUGUGGCCAGAGAUACCCAGACGAUGCUCCCAAUGUAAGAUUUUUAAGCAGGAUUAAUAUGAAUUGUAUCAACAGUACUACUGGUGCAGUUGAUAACCGCAGUGUGCCAGUGCUUGCAAAAUGGCAACGAGAGUACACAAUUAAGACAGUUCUUCAAGAACUUCGCCGUUUAAUGACACUGAAGGAAAAUAUGAAAUUGUCUCAGCCUCCGGAAGGUACAACCUUUUAGCCUAACCACAUAUAAACACAACACCUCUUCCUUCCUGCGGUAGCACGGGGCAAGAUUCAAUGAAGGUACCAAAUAAUAUUAAGUGGGUGCCGAGUAAAGACAUAUGCUAAGAAAUAACAUCUGUAUAAAAAAAGAAAAAACGAAGGUGAUGAUAACUAUAAAAGUUGAAUCAGUGUUUUCAAUUUUCAACAGAUAUUUACUUACAAAAUUCAUGAACAAUUUAUGACUUAUGGUUUCGUGAGCUUAGAGCAGAUUUCCUAUGUAGGUAAAAUUAUUCUAUUAAUUUUAAUAUUUUAUUUUAAAGAUAUGCAAGCACAUGUAAUGUACGAAAAUGCUGUUUCAGCUUUUUAAGUUAAUAUAAUCUAAAACAAAAGUCAUAUUUUGAUUCUUAAAACUGGAAACACAGACUGUGUAAUAAAAGUAAUAAUCAGUAAGAACAACUUAUGCCUUCAAAGUUUUUUAAACGAAAAAAAAAAAAGAUAAUGCCUGAAUAAGAAUUAGCUAAACGUUUCAAUUUGUGCAUAAGUGCCAUUUCAUGCUUUGCGGAGGUGUCUCAGUAACUAUUAUUAUAGACAAUUCUAAAUUUUAAUAAUUUAUAUUUCCGUGUGCUCAUUUUUACCAAGCCUUUAUUUACUUUUCUCUGUUAGUUGUUAUUAAAAUUUUAGCAAAUAGCAGGUUGUUGAGAUCGACAUUUGAUGUAAUAAUGUGCCUUUUUGUGCAAGUAGCAUAAAAGUGAGCAUGUAUUGAGCGUAUUUGGUUGAGACAUCAUCCAAGAACGGCCUCUUAUUCUAUAUAAACAAAAAAAAAGAAAGUGGAAAAGUGUUUCUCAAUUGAUAAACAAGUUACGUUACAAUGGGAUCAUAUGAAGUACUAAUUUGAUUUAUAAUAAUUAAUAUGGUUUAUUGUUGCAUUAAUGGAUACAUCAAUGUAUGAAGCGUUAGAUUAAAAAUGUUUAAUUUUCCAUUCCACUAUUUAUACAUUAGGAAUAUAUGCUAGUUUCUUUCGUCAUAGUGCAAAUAUACAUGUACUGUUUACUCUUUGAUCCAAGCUUCAUAAUUGAUGUAUUGUUAAAAUCAUACUUAAUUUUUAAUAUACAUCCAAAGUACCGUAAUUAGCUUUCCAACCAUCAUAGGGAAUCAGGUUUGUAAUGGUAGCGUAAUUCUGUUAUGGAUUGCUACAAACUAUGUCGUUCCCAUAUAAUUGUAUACAGAGCGGAAAAAUGAUUUUCCAUAACUAUGUUACAUUUUAGAAAACGAAAUAUAGUCAUAAAUUAUUUCAAACAUAUUAUAAUUUUUUAAAAUUUUGUCAUCCAAAUUGUAGCAAUGUCUAUCCCUACUUUUAAAGUAAAUCCAAACCAAAGUAUAAGAUUCUUAAUGCAAGUUCACAUUUAUUGUGUAAUAAUUAUGAAAUUUCUCAACUACCUGAAACAUUAUACAUACCUCUUCAUCAGCUUCGCACUAUAAAUAAUGUAAUAGUGUAAUUAAAAAUCAUGCUAAUAAAGAUAAAAAUUGAUUA